CGCAGGUCUCACUUCUCGUCGCCCCGACCUCGCCAUGCGGACCCCGCAAGCGCCCCCUCCUCGCCCGGCCCCACUGCUCCUACUGCUGCUACUGGGGGGAGCCAACUGCCUCUUCCCCGAGGAGCCGCCGCCACUUAGCGUGGCCCCCAGGGACUACCUGAACCACUACCCCGUGUUCGUGGGCAGCGGGCCAGGACGCCUGACCCCCGCAGAGGGUGCCGACGACCUUAACAUCCAGCGAGUCCUGCGGGUCAACAGGACCCUGUUCAUCGGGGACAGGGACAACCUGUACCGGGUGGAGCUGGAGCCCCCCACGACCCCGGAGCUGCGGUACCAGCAGAAACUGACCUGGCCCUCCAACCCCAGUGACAUCAACGUGUGUCGGAUGAAGGGCAAGCAGGAGGGCGAGUGUCGAAAUUUUGUAAAGGUGCUGCUUCUUCGGGACGAAUCCACGCUCUUUGUGUGCGGUUCCAAUGCCUUCAACCCCGUGUGUGCCAACUACAGCAUGGACACACUGCAGCCCCUCGGGGACAACAUUAGCGGCAUGGCCCGUUGCCCAUACGACCCCAAACAUGCCAACGUUGCUCUCUUCUCUGAAGGAAUGCUCUUCACCGCCACAGUUACUGACUUCUUAGCCAUCGAUGCUGUCAUCUACCGCAGCCUGGGGGACCGGCCCACUCUGCGAACUGUGAAACAUGACUCCAAGUGGUUCAAAGAGCCCUACUUUGUCCAUGCGGUGGAGUGGGGCAGCCACAUCUACUUCUUCUUCCGGGAGAUCGCGAUGGAGUUUAACUACCUGGAGAAGGUGGUGGUGUCCCGCGUGGCCCGGGUGUGCAAGAAUGACCUGGGAGGUUCCCCUCGGGUGCUGGAGAAGCAGUGGACGUCCUUCCUGAAGGCGCGGCUCAACUGCUCUGUGCCUGGGGACUCCCACUUCUACUUCAACGUGCUGCAGGCCGUCACGGGUGUGGUCAGCCUGGGGGGCCGGCCUGUGGUCCUGGCUGUUUUCUCCACCCCCAGCAACAGCAUCCCCGGCUCGGCUGUCUGCGCCUUUGACAUGACUCAGGUGGCCGCUGUGUUUGAAGGCCGCUUCCGUGAGCAGAAAUCCCCUGAGUCCAUCUGGACACCCGUGCCGGAGGAUCAGGUGCCACGGCCCCGACCCGGGUGCUGUGCAGCUCCUGGCAUGCGGUACAACGCCUCCAGCGCCUUCCCCGAUGAGAUCCUCAACUUUGUCAAAACCCACCCCCUGAUGGAUGAAGCGGUGCCCUCUCUGGGCCACGCGCCCUGGAUCGUGCGGACUCUAAUGCGGCACCAGCUGACGCGAGUGGCUGUGGACGUGGGCGCUGGCCCCUGGGGCAACCACACCAUUGUCUUCCUGGGCUCCGAGGUGGGCACCGUCCUCAAGUUCCUCAUCUGGCCCAACGCCAGCACCUUGGGCACCACUGGGCCCAGUGUCUUCCUGGAGGAGUUUGAGACCUACCGGCCAGACAGGUGUGGACGGUUGGGCGGCGGCGAGGCAGGGCAGCGGCUCUUGAGCCUGGAGCUGGACACAGCCUCAGGUGGCCUGCUGGCAGCCUUCCCCCGCUGUGUGGUCCGCGUGCCCGUGGCCCGCUGCCAGCAGCACUCAGGGUGCAUGAAGUGAG